UCCAAUUCAAACAUUUUCUUUAAUGAAACUUCCCUUCAAGCAAACCAGAAAUAACACAUAACGCCAUUUUCUCUGUCCCCCCUCUCCCUCUCUGCACGGAAAACUCAUAGCUCCAUUAAUGCCCGCCUCACAUUUCUGUGUUUUCAAACUACUUCCUCUCUCUAAGCUACUCUCUAUUUCUUCUCUCUUCCCUCGAUACAACUCCUCUCUCUCCAUUUGUCCUUCAUUGAUGGAUCGAUGAGCUUAGAAGUGAAUGCAGGCUAUGGUUCUCGAGGCGCAACAGUGCUCUAGUCCGUGAUUUCCGAUCUCUGCCGUUCGUUAGUGUGCUUUCUGAAAUGGAGGACCCUCCUCGUCCCAGAAAGUUCAAACGAGCUUCAGUUUCCUUUGAAGGAAGCAUAAAGGUCCAAGAAAAGAUCACAGCUCCAAAGCCCACACAUAAUUCUGUCUGUCGUUAUGAUUCAACUGCUAAUGAAGAUAUGUUCAUGAUUGAGUUGGGGGAGAGUGCAUCUGAAGGAGAUAUAGUGAAGCCAGUCAAGAAUUUAAUUGCAAAGGAGAUGUUAAUUCAAGUUGAACCAAAAAGAAAGGAACCAAGUGUCGUUGCCAGAUUGAUGGGUCUUGAUGAUAUACCUUCUCCACAACAAUUUACUAGACAGCAAAGGAGGCCCCCAGAGAGUUUCACACAGAGGAAAGAACAAAGAGAGGCCCCAAGGACUAUGCAGAUGUUUGUGGACCAAGCACAUAGAAGGAACUAUACGGAGCAUCAUCAAGUCAAUGAUCUGAAUGAGGAUUUGGAAGCUUCUUAUAUUUCUACUCGGCGCUAUUCAUCAAGAUGGAAUACAAAGCCUGAACAUAACACGCACAUGCCUGAGAUGGCGGUCAUUCAGCAUAAAUAUUUAGAAGCAGCACAACUCUCUGCUGAUGAGAAACUUCAGAAUUCCAAAGUAUUUCUUGACGCAUCUAAUGAACUUGAAUUUAAUGAUAAAUUACUGCUAAAAUGUCGCCCGCAACACGAUUCCAUAUUUUCAAAGCAUUUUCUUGAUAAACAAGUUGACACUUCUAGUUCUAUGUAUAGUCGCAUAGCUGUUCUAAAACCAGCAACUUCUGCAAAUAGCCAAGGCACUUCAAUACUUGGGAAACCAGGGAGACGUGGUUCAGGCCAUCAUGAUAUGAAUUUACCAAGGAGAAGAGAUAAUGCUCACUUGCUCCAUUUGCAGCAUCCUCAUGGAGGUCACAGUUCUUUCAAGUCGCCUAAGAUUCACGUUAAAGGGAAAAGUGAAAGAAUUUUUCCAACUAGAAUUGUGGUUCUGAAGCCCAACUGUGGGAAGACACACAGUGAUGUUACUUCUGCUCAAUAUCGCGCUGAAGAAAAGAAGCCUGGAAAGCGUCUAAGCUUUGGGGCAGGGAAAUCUGGGUCAGCGGAAAUAAAAAACUCUUCUAAAUAUGCACAUGAUUCAAGUUUUUAUUCAAAAGAAGCCAGAGAACUUGCCAAGCAGAUUACAACGCGCAUGAGAAAUAGUCAUGGACCUUCAGAUGUGCGAAAAGAUUCAAAUUUGGUAUAUUCUGACAUUAUAGGUUAUGCCACUGACGAGAUCUCACGUGAUGUGUAUGAAAGUGAUUCUUCCAACGAACUAGACAUGUUGAAACCGUGUUCGGGGAGUUUGUAUUGCAGAACUAACCGAUGCAAAUCUCUGUUAACUGGCACAAUUGAGUCAUCUGUGAGCAAGGAGGCUAAGCAGAGGUUAUCUGAAAGGUGGAAAAUGUCUCAAACUUGUCAGGACAUGGAAACAGCUAGCAGGGGAAGUACACUUGGUGAAAUGCUUUCCUUACCUAAUAGAGAAACAGAGUCUGAACGUUUAGAUGCCAUGGAGACCUUUGAUAGAAAAAUUGGGGGAAAGUGUACCGAUGCUUGGGAAUACCCUUUAGGUGUUAGCAGUAGGGAUGCUCGGAAAGAUGGUUACAUUUCUUCUAGGUCCAGAUCACUUUCUCCUCUUGGUAGCCAAAUUCAGGGAAUGAGUACACGGCAAGAAGUAAGUCCAAAUAGCCGAAACUUGAGGCUUAGAGUGCGUCUAAAUGGUUUAAGGUCCAUGGACCAUAGUAGAAAUAAGUCGUGGGAUGGAAGCCAAAGUCAAGUGGAGGAGGUUUCAUUUAGUGACAAAAGAUCUGGCCGGAAGAAACUACGUUCUUGUCACCGCAAAGGCACUGGUGCUAAUGAUACUUUCCAGGAAGCAAUAUUCUGCAAAAUGAUGAAUUCCACUACAGAGUGCAACCUGUCGGAGAAGCUGCAUUUGCCUUUAGCUAUGACAGUCAGCAAGAAUGCAACUUCUGUUGUUGAUUUAUCUACACAUACUGCAUAUACCGAUGAGGGUAAAGCUUCAGAGUCUUCUAUUGACCCAAUGCAGAAGUCAAUUUUAGAAAGCAAUGAUACUUUAUUUCCUGAACAAGAUGCGUCUUAUAUACAGGAAAGUUCAGUCCUCACAGUACCUUCGCAAUGUCAUCUACCUGAAUCAGAAUCAUCAGAAAGCUCCAGGGAUGGCCAUCCUAGUCCUGUUUCAGUUCUGGAGGGGCUCACUUUUACUGAGGAUUCCCUCUCUGGUUCUGAAUCCUUAGAGAUAGUCAGUGCCAAAAUAAAUGAUCUACGCAUGAAAAUUCAGCAACUGAAAAAGAAGUCCUCAUAUUGUGAUGCAGAUGCGGCUGCAGAUUACUUUAAUGAUUUUCCACAAUCUGAAAUGUUAAUUGUUGAAGAGGAGAAAUGCAUGGAGAUGUCCCCAAGCAGCUGGGAAUCUUCCUACAUAAGUGAUGUGCUGAUGGAUUCUGGUUUUAUGGAGACAGAACCUGAUGCCUUCAUUGCAACUUCCCACUAUCUAGAUUUCCCUCUCAGCCCCUCCACUUUUGAGAAUCUGGAGAAGAAGUACAGCUUCAAAGGAGGGACAUCUGUUGUUAUAUCAAGGCAUGCCAGGAGACUCUUAUUUGACCGAUUGAAUCUGGCUCUUUUGGAGAUUCUCCAGCAGUAUGUAGACCCCUGCCCUUGGUUGCAGAGAAGGGUUGUUGAUGAUUUGGGUUGCCAGAGACAACCCAAAGUCACCGAUGCUUUGCCUCGCUUGCUUGCGGACCAGGCUAGUUUGUCAAACAGUGAUACAUCUGAGCGGAUUCUAGAUCAGGAAAUGUGUUGGUUGGAUGUUAGAGUUGACAUCAACUUAAUUGGUAAGGAUGUUGAGAAAUCAAUUGUUGAUGAUCUGAUCACAGAAAUGUUAAUGCUGUAGAGAUUUUGAAUCAGGAAGUAGGUGGGAACAUGAAUCAAUUACAUAUAUGAUGAUGUUAGAUGGACAACAAUAAGUGCAUACAUCAUAGAAUGACAGAACUUCAUCAAUCCGAUGAAGUGUUUCACCUGGUACUAAACCAUCAUAGAAUGUUUGCUCAAACGUGCG